AUGUCUUUCUUUCUCCGUGCCCGCCCUGCUCUUCUUAGAGCUGCCAUCGCUCGUCCUGUCGUUCGUGCUCAGCUCGCUGCUCCUUCUAUGAUCAAGUCUGUCCGCAUGUACUCCAGCCAUGACGAUGAGAGCUUCGAGGAGUUCACCAAGAGAUUCGAGAAGGAAUUCGACGAGGCUUAUGAUCUUUACGAAGUCCAGCGUGUUCUUAACAAUGCCUUUUCUUACGAUUUGGUUCCUGCUCCUUCUGUGCUCGAGAAGGCUCUUCAGGCCUGCAGACGUGUUAACGACUACCCCACCGCUGUCCGAUUGUUUGAGGGCCUUAAGGUCAAGGUCGAGACCAAGGAACAGUACCAGCAAUACCUUGAUGAGCUCAAGGACAUUAGACAGGAGCUUGGUAUUGAUCUCUCUGAGGAGCUCUUUGCUUAA